AUGGAAGCUAUUGCCGAUAGGUUUACAGCUAGUAAGGCGUUGGUGAAGGAACUGCAGUAUGAUAGAGAAGAGGAGCUGGAGAGGGACUUUAUAACGGGAACAUCACAGUUUCAAAGAUUGGCGCCUUCGAUUGCAUUGCCACCGAUUUCGACACCGCAGGAAUUUUUGAGAGCACACACAGACGAUUCAAAAAACCCAGAUUGUAAGAUCAAGAUCGCUCACGGUACGACGACGCUAGCGUUCCGAUUCCAGGGCGGCAUUGUAGUGGCGGUUGAUUCGCGUGCGACGGCGGGAUCGUGGAUUGCAUCUCAAACUGUCAAGAAAGUAAUCGAAAUCAAUCCUUUUCUGUUGGGAACUAUGGCUGGUGGCGCGGCCGAUUGUCAGUUUUGGGAGACAUGGCUGGGAGCACAAUGUAGGCUUCACGAGCUGAAAGAGAAGGAGCGGAUCUCGGUGGCGGCAGCGUCUAAGAUCUUGAGUAAUCUAGUGUAUCAAUAUAAGGGGGCAGGUUUAUCGAUGGGGACAAUGAUAUGUGGUUACACGAAAAAAGAGGGCCCCACCGUAUACUAUGUUGAUUCCGACGGGACCAGGUUGAAAGGAGACCUCUUUUGUGUCGGAUCUGGCCAGACCUUUGCAUACGGUGUGCUGGAUGCCAAUUACAAGUGGGAGCUAUCCGUGGAAGAAGCGCUAUACCUCGGGAAGAGGUCCAUUCUGGCGGCAGCUCACAGAGACGCUUACUCCGGUGGUUCAGUCAACCUGUACCAUGUGACGGAGAACGGUUGGGUAUACCACGGUAACUACGAUGUUGGAGAUUUGUUCUGGGAAGUCAAAGAAAAGGAGGGUUCCUUCAACAAUGUCGUGGGUUGA